CAUGACUCAAUGAGAGAGGUUUCAUCGAGAAUUGAUCACCUCUUGACUAUCACGAAUUUGGGCCGUGACUCAUGAGCCAUAUCGAAAUAGGAAGGUGAAAGUGGAGGCGCCAUGCGUGCUGACCCUACACUGAGAUACGUGCCGUAUUCCCGGUAAGAUAAACGAAUCUACGCCUACAUAAACCAUAAAAGACAAACCUCGUCCAUCUUUUCUUUCUGUCAAUCAUCAUCAAUCAUGGACAUCUCAAGCGUGGGCAAGGCGUUCCAAUCGGAGCGCCUUAUUUAUCGCUCCCCAGAGGAUAAUGACAAAGAUAAAGAAUUCUUCUUCAAACACAUCGAAAACGACCCCAUCGCCAAAGCCCUAGCAGACCCUUCUAUUCUUCGUCCCAAGAACAAAAAGGGUAUUGAGGAGUUCCUGACAGAGUUUCAAAAGUCCGUCUUAUCCGUUGUUAUGUGUCUUCCCCCCUCCGAAGCCAAACAACACAGCAUCGAAGCCUCAGAACCAGUUCCCAUCGGCUUCAUCUGUAUCGGCUGGGGCGGCACUCCCAAGAACCGCGAACAGCAUAGGAAUACUCACAUUGGUAUUGUUAUCGCGGACGCGUUUAGGAAUAAGGGCUAUGGAGGGGAGAGUAUUAAUUGGGCGCUGGAUUGGGCUUUUAGGUUUGGUGGAUAUCAUCGUGUUGGGAUUGGGACUCUUGGGUUUAAUGAACGGGCGCAGCAUUUAUAUAAGAAGUUGGGGUUUGUGGAAGAGGGGAGGAGUAGAGAGGCGAUUUGGUUUGAUAGGAAGUGGUGGGAUAUGAUUGACUAUGGGAUGUUGGAGCAUGAGUGGGAGGCUUUGAGGGCAAAGUCAAAGCUUGAUUCUUAGUGGGUAUCGAUAGAGUUCAUAUGGAAAGUUUUGAGAGAGUGUGCAGUAACUCACUGCUGCGAUUACAGAGCUAAGGUAGUUGUAGGCAGGCCAAUAAUAUCAUGCAUAAGACUGGUGCUUUCAUCUUCAAAACGCAUAUAGGUUCCAAGCAAUACGUGGUAUUUAUAAGCUUUCAGCCACAUAUCUAAACUGCAAAUAGCAC